AAUAUGGCAUUUAUCAAUGUGAUUAUUAUUAUUUUAUAUUUGGGAAUCAAUUUUAUCAAGUUUUAAUUUUAAUCUUAUACUACUGAAUAUACUACUAAUGUAUGGAAUUAAAUACAUUUGAAUAGAAGGAAAUAAAUGAAUUCAUAUUUGAUCAACCGAAUGAAAUUAUGGAAACACAGAAAAUAUUAUGAAUCUACCUAUCUAUCUAUGUGUAUUGUGUGAAUGAGAAGCUCUUAUAAAAACGUUAUUUUACAACAUACAUUGAGAAAUGAAUCAAAGAGACUUGAUCAAGUUUGAAAGUAGUGCUACAUUUUCAUUCACAAUCAUUUUGUAGUCACUGUAUGAAUUUUGAGCUACCUCUUAUUUUUAUGUAGUUCACAGUUAAUGGAUAUCAUGAAAAAAAUAUCAUAUAAACGUGAUUGAUUCAAACAUUAACUUUUGUAAAUUCACACAGCAACUCAUGGUGUUAUGGAGAUUCACGAAGGUCGUCGUCUUAUUCUGAAAUGCAAAGUGCAAGGUGAAACAAAUCCACAAAUUAAAUGGUUUAAAGAUAAUAAAUCUAUAAAUAUGUCAUUGCAUCCGAAUAUUAAAAUCACAUCUUCAACGAAGCAUUCAGAAUUACGAAUAGAACACGUCAUAACUAAUGACACUGGUAACUACUCCUGUCGAGGAGAAAGUCAACAGAAUCAAAUAAGCAAAUGGGUUUUUGUUUCGGUUUAUUCAGCUUGUCCAGUGAAUAUUUGCAAUAUGGGGACAUGUUUCAUUAUAAAUAAUAAUUCACUUUGUAGAUGUCCGGAGACACAUACCGGUGAAUUAUGUGAUCAACUUGUGUCAAAUGAUAAAAUCAAAAAUAAAUUAAUCAUGAAUACACAACCAAUUAAAAAGAAUCUAAACUAUCUGCAGUCGGAUUCAAAAUCAUCCUCGUCAGUUGACCUAAUUAAUUCUGUAUCAAUUCUAAAUGAUAAUAAUAAUAAUCAGCCUAAGCAAACUAUGGAACUAUUAUCAGAAAUAAAACGUGAAAAGUUCGAUUUGUGUACUCUUCCUGAAUUUCAAUUUACUACUGAUUGUCUACAUGUCAAAAGUCAUUUGGCUACAUUCAUUGGCACUGCAAUCACAUGUUCAAUGAUUAUAUUGCUAUUAACAUUCUGUGCAGCAUACUUUAGAAGGAAAAAACUCUUAAACAAAAGAAAACAAGAUUGUAAAUGUCUAUCGAAAGAAAAUGAAUCAGAACCUAUAAAUUCUAUUAAAUCAGCUGAUCAUAGAUCAUCGUCUGUUAUGAGAGAUACUAUAAAUAUUUUUAGCAAUGAUGAAGUUAAGCAUUCAUUCAGUUCAUUUAAAUCGGUAUCAUUUGAGGGUACAUUAUAUACAGAUUCUAUAGAUAAAAAUUCCAGAAACUUUAAUGUUGACAUACUUCAAUCGAGUAUUACAAAUUCAGAUUAUGGAGUUAUAACUCAAGGUAGUAAUAAUAGUAAUAUACAGAUAUCAAGUGACGGUAAAGAUAAUUUAACACAUAAUUGUUCAAAAAAAUUUCCCAAUUCUCCUUCAUCAUGUUCAAAUACUGCUUAUGUUGUAUGGACUACCACACCAGAAAUUAUUCGAGAUGAUGAACGAGAAUUAACCAACCAUUCAUUGGAUAAAAUACUAAUACACACAAAUGCUCAACAACAACAAAACUCAAAAGAGCAACAACUAAUUUUUUCACCAACAACUUCAUAUAUUUCAACUGCUUUACCAAAUUCACAAGAAAUUAUCUUAAAUAAUGAUGCAUUAUUUAAUCAAAAUGAUCUCAGUACACUUCUGUCGUCUACAGCAUCGUCAUCAACAGUACUAUCUGGACCUAAUUUAUAUAAUCCUGUAAAUGUUAAAUUAGCUGAUAUAAGUAACAAAAUGCAGCCGUCGAGUGGUGCUUCGGUACUGAACUCAAUAGAAGCUCCAAGUAAAUCAAACUAUAUUGUAAGUAAAUCACAAAAACCAAAAGAAACUGUACAAUCUUAUGCAUUUUGUACAAAUAUGGCAUAUUGUGAUUCGGUAACAAAUUCACAAAUAUCUAAUAUAUCUACAUUAAUUACGGAUAAUUCAUUACAAGAAUUUACAACAUUAGAUACAGUUUUACAAUCAGUUGAUGCAAAUGAAAAUGUUCUUAAACAUGUUUAUCAUACAGCAGAUACCUUAUUACCACAAUCAACAUCAUCAUUAUCAUCACCGUCUCCGAAUACAUGUGUUAUUGUUGAUCAAGAUCAUUUUAGAUUUGGUUCAAAUCUUGUCUAUUUUUGUCCUAAUUCAUAUCCGAAUAAUAAUUAAUUUAUUUUCACAUUGAACACCUCAUAUAUAUGAAGAUUAUUAAUGAGAUUUCACAUUCCAUAGUCUUAUCUAAAACAAUGUACACGUAUGUUUAAUAAGUAGAUAAUUCAUUAAAUUAAUUGUAUAUUUCAAUAAGAGUAAUGUACAAAAAGAAAGAAAGAAAAAGAAAAGAAAAAAAGGAAAAAAAAUACAUUCUACAUUUUAAUCUGUAUUUAUAAUUGAGUUCUGAGUUUACUAUUAUUUAGUUUAUUUCUAAAUUUAAUUUAAUCAAAAGCAGAAACCAACAUUUUCGUUUUUCUUGUUGUUGUUGCUGUUUUAAAUGUGUAUUAACUUUCAAUUUUGUUUUGUUUUAAACGCUUCAAUUAAUUGAUCAUUUUAAGUAGACCGAAAUUCAUUCAGACCAUAAAAAUAAAAGACGAUGUUCAAUCUAAUUGAUGCAUUUUUAAAUACACACACACACAAAGAAAAUGCAACUGUGAUUUAUGAUAAGUUUAACAUUUGAUUGUUUAAACUGCACUCAAUUUAAACCAGAAAUAAUUUGUCCUUUCAGUUCAUUUGGCAUGUGUGUUUCUUAGCGAGAAAAUGUUUUCUUUCUUUCUUCAGGAAACAGCUUUUGUGCAUAUCCUUUUUCAUAAUGAAUUGGCAUCAACUGGGUGACUGUUGAAACCAGGAAGAACCGGAAUGUUGCUUUAUCCUGCCUUGGACAAUUAUAGACUAAAAUCCAAGAACACUAAGCUUUAUGGAAAAGUGGUAUCUUGGAUGUGUUAUAUCCUAGUGAAGAUUAAAUUACGGGUAACUCCUGAGAACUAUUAAUGGACUAAUAUGAUAUAUAUAUUCUUAUUGUAUAAUGAUUUAGUAAUUAGAUUGUGUAUAUUUAUAUUCCUCUUAUUAUAAGUUUCAUUUAGACUUAUGAAUUAUGAAUUAUUGCUGUU